ACAUAUACAUAUAGGGAGAGAUAGAGAGAGAGAGAGAGAGAGAGAGAGGAAGUGAAGGCGUGGCGAGGUGGGGGAGAGAGAGGUAGCAAUGGCGUAAUGGAAUGAUGGAAGGUUUGGCAAUGUUAAGGCAACUAAUCGGACAACUACAAGAGUAUUUGGAACUCAACGGUUCUCCUCCUGCGGUUCCUCCUAAUUACUUCCUUCAGUUUCGACCUCAAUCCACACCUCAGCGCCACCUCAGGUGGUGUUUUCUUGAUCUUGAUAGUAGCUCUGUAGAUUAUGGUUGCUAUAAUCCCAUAAUGACUGCUGGUAAAUCUGAAAAUUUGAAAAUGUUGGAACCUGGUAAACCUCCACCCACAAAAAAAGCUCGAAAGGAAUCCCGUCGAGGAAAAGUGAUUGCUAGUGCAAGGUCUACAGAAAAUAUGGAACAGCAUAUCUGGAAAGAAUUUCCAGAAGAUCUCUUUGAAGCUGUGAUGGCAAGACUUCCAAUCGCUACAUUUUUCCGCUUUCGUUCAGUUUGUCAGAAGUGGAAUUCACUGCUUAAUUCCCAAAGUUUUUCUCAACACUGUGAGCAAGUUGAGCAAUCACUACCUUGGUUUUACACCAUCACUCAUGAAAAUUUGAACACUGGAGCCAUGUAUGACCCUUCUUUGAAGAAAUGGCACCACUUGACAGUUCCCGCCUUGCCAACAAGGUCAGUAUUGUUGCCAGUGGCAUCAGCUGGGGGACUCGUUUGUUUACUUGAUAUUGGGCAUACGAGCUUUUAUGUAUGUAACCCUCUUACGAAGUCCUUCAAAGAGUUGCCGGCCAGGUCAGUUAACGUCUGGUCUCGUGUGGCUGUAGGGAUGACUCUGAACAGGAAACCCUAUGGUUUGGAUUAUAAGAUCCUUUGGGUUGGUUGUGACGGGGAGUACGAAAUCUUCGACUCUGGAAAGAACUCCUGGACAUGUCCUGGAAUCAUGCCCUCGAACAUUAAGCUCCCGUUGACACUGAACUUUAGGUCUCAGGCAGUCUCCGUUGAUGGAACGCUUUACUUCAUGCGUUCCGACCCUGAUGGGAUAGUGUCCUACGAUAUGGUUUCCGGGGUAUGGAAGCAAUCCAUAAUCCCGGCGCCUCUACGUCUGAACGAUCAAACACUAGCAGAAUGUGGGGGAAGGAUCAUGCUCGUGGGGCUGCUCACCAAGAACGCUGCCACGUGCGUCUGCAUAUGGGAGCUACAAAAGAUGACGCUUUUGUGGAAGGAGGUUGACAGAAUGCCAAACAUAUUGUGCUUGGACUUUUACGGGAAGCACGUUAGAAUGACUUGCCUGGGCAACAAAGGUUUGCUUAUGCUAUCUCUGAGAUCGAGGCAAAUGAAUCGACUGGUUACAUACGAUUUAUCGACCGGUAAAUGGGUUAAGGUACCCGGCUGCGUGUUGCCACAUGGGAGAAAGAGGCAAUGGAUUGCAUGCGGCACUGCAUUUUACCCUUGUUUGACUGCUUCGGCUUAGUUCAGGCAGAAUUGGAAUAUUUGUGUUCCAUUUGAAGGUCUACUGGCAGCCCAAUUUUCUUUUUGAUGAUAUCAUGGUAUUAAAAAUAAUUUCUCCUGCACAAACAAAUGCUGUUAAAUUUAUGAUUUCUACAGACAUUAUCUAAAGAAGUGGUUUUACCCUUGUAGUUAGCUGCCUUUUGUGUAUAAUUGUGUGCUCUAUUCAGUAAUGCAAUUAUGCAAAUAUUUAUCUUUGAAGGA